CCACCAACACAUCCACUGCUCUGGAGUGACAAGAGCCGCAUCUCAGAUGUUGGAGGGGAAGAAACCUGUCUGGAAAAGCAUGAGGCCCUAGUUAUGGGACCUUUCAUUGGUGCCAAAGGAGGGAAGGCGUAGAUGCGCUUAUUUGCUCAUGUUCCUGAGAUCACAGAAACUAAGCCCAAUCUUCCCUCCUCCCUGCUGAAUCCCCCCCCCAUCCCUUCCCUGCCUUCCUGCCUACUUUUGAUCUAAAACAAGUCUAACUCUGUGAUGGACAGUUUUCAUCAUGAGUUUUAGCCCUCCUUCAGCUGAUAUUUAUUAGUAGCUACAGAACUCUACCUGAACUACCUGAACUUGGGACCCAACUCAGUGAAGACAAUUUAGUUGGUAAUCUUGGGUUUUUGCUGUUUUGGAGAAUUACAGUGAUAGCAAUAAUCAUGGUGAUGAAGAUUACAAUUGAUCACAACAGAGUACUAUAUGCCAUACCAUAAUAAAGUAACAUGGAUUGCCUACUCUGAUUUCUAAGCCCUAAUGGAGCUAUUUAGGUGUCUAUUGCUGCCUUAAAAAUUGCCACAAAACAAAGCACAUUUACAAUCUCAUAGUUUCUGUCAAUCAGGAACCCAAGCAUGACUUAAAUAGUUCCUCUCCUGAGGAUCACUCAGUCAAAAUGUGCUUGAGGGUCAUCUCCAGUCUCAGUUGUAUAAGGAAUUGCUCCUCAGUCUACAUGCUUGUUCACAGAGUACACUUCCACAUGGGCAGAUGCACUAAGGCCCAUCACUGAAGGGUUCUUCAUUGGCCGUUGACAGAAGGUGCUCCCAGGUCUUUGCCAGAUUGGCCCCAUCCAAGAUAGUGGCCUUAUUCUUCAGAGUUAGAAAUUGCCCUUCUUUUGUAUCCUAAUCAUGGAAGUGACAUCAUUUCUGUCAUAGUCUACUAUCUAGAAUCAACUCACUAGGUCCAGCUCACUCUCAAAAGGAGGAGAUUGCUUACAUAAGUGACAGGAACCACCGGAGUCAUCUUGGGAACCUGACUGAUGACCAAUUAGGUAAGGAGGGAGAAAGAGAUGUUUUUAAACCACAAAGAUAAUACCAAGCAUAGGAAAUGGAAGUAGUUCAAAGUUGGAACUUACGCUAAUAAAUCUAGGGUAGAAUGUGGACGUGCCUUAUACUGAUUUUGAUCUCCAGUGUCUUUCUCUUUCUCCUAGCCCUAUCAUGAAGUGUAGAUAAGGAGAAAGUAGGUAUAAGGUAAAGAGUGUAAAUGGAACUACUAGGACACCAUGCAAGCAAAUGCCUUCCCAUUGGAAAAACGAUGGUGAUAGAAUAGUGGGGUAGAAUAUAAACAGAAAAAAAAAAUGAAGAAAAAACACUCUAGGCAAAAGUGACCCAAGUCCCUAUGAAUAGAAGAUGUUUUGCAAGGUCAUAUCAAAGCAUUAAACAGAAAAGGUAGAAAAUAAGGUGAGAACCAGAUCCAGAACAAGGUGUGUACAAUCAGAGACAGUCAAGAUGAAGGCAACGAGCUCCAAACAGAGGAUAAAAAGCUAGCUCAGGUAAGGUUUUUAAGGCAAUGUUGCACAGAGAAAAGAUGUGAAGAAGAGCACUGGCAAUAUUGGCUGGCAUCACCAGCUAAUGUAGGAGGGGCCUGUGGGGAUCGGCCAGAAUACCGGACCUGGAGACUUCUGCGCAGGCGUGCCAGUCUAACACGACCUACUUCCUCGAACUGCUAACCUGAUAUCUGCCACCCGGGCUAGAGACAGAUGACGUGACGGCCACACCAAUACACAAUAUACAGCUCAACCCUCAGGGCCAAUGGGGGAGGUUUGGGGGGUAUAUAGGAAACCCUUUUGUACGCAAUGAACGAGCUUGCUGGCAGCCCACUACUAAGCAGCAUCUCCCCGAGUCUGUGUUGUUGAUUUCGCGCCUACUCAUCCCCUGCCCGCCGAGACUGGAGUCAGGCCACCAUAGAGCACAGCGACAAGCUAAAACCAACUUUAUUUAAGACCUAUUUUAGGGGGAAAGGUUUCAGGAGUUUUCAGAACCUUUAAUUUCCUAGUGUGAUGUGUAAAAUGGUGGGGUGGAGAUGAAGGGUGAGGAUGUAACAGAAGGCAUUCCUGACAUGUGCUUGCUUGUUCUGCAUGGCAGCUAUAACAUACUACAACUUUGGGUGAGGGUCUCAUAUCAAAUACCUAUGGACCUUUUUUGAGAACAAGAAGGAUGAGACUUGAAUCAAACAUUUAUAGUGAGCUAGGAAUGGUGGCCCAUGCUUGAGAAAGACAGAAAACUAUUCAACAAGCAGCUGCUUUUGAGCUUGCAAAACCUGAACCUCAACAAUGGGAAAGACCACAAGCAGGAGAGGAGUCACCAGAUCUUUUUAUAAUCAUUCUUCCAUAUCCCCAAGGCUCUUGGGAAUCCCACAAUCCUUUUCUCUAAUAUGCUCCUUCUCCUGGAAGGCUCAUCUUGUCAACAGAAGGAUCACACCCUGGACUCAUCUCUUGGAGUUUUCCCAGUAUCAAAAUGUAGAGAUAAUGAAGUGGGGAGUCAUUGAGGGAGGCAAGAUGAAAAUGCCUUGAAGGUAUAUCUUUUUACUAGAGAGGAAGAAAAAUAAAUGAGGAAAGGAUUUCUUGCCAAACCACAAAGGCAACAGUUUAUGGAAGGAUGCUAACUUCUCUGGCUUUUAGUGGAGAAAUACCCACGGUGAGGGUUGAGACACCAGUACCUUCAUAAUCAAAAUAUUUGGAAUCUCCCUUCCAAUACCUGAAAGCAACUGAAGUCCCAUUCACAAACCACAAGCAAACUGGCUACGUGCAGCCUCCCCUUCCUGGAGGACACAAUGUUAUGUUUCUAGGUUCCCCCUUGAGGAUAUUACAGUAACUUUCAGUGGUUAAUGAAUAGCUUCUCAGUGCCUGCUUCAUUUAAUUGUCCAAAGGCCAUUUGUUCCUGUGUAUAAGGCUGCAAGCUGGCUAAUGAGUCCACUCCCUUGAACAGGCAUGGAAGCAGAGGAGUGGCAGGGUCAGCCUCACUCCCGAGGAGCAGGGAUGCAGAACCGGACUGGCCUAGUUCUCUGUGCCUUCACCCUCCUCACUGGUUUCCUGAUGAUCUGCCUCGGGGCUUUCUUCAUCUCCUCCAACUCCAUAUUCCAUUGUCAGGGGAACCUGGUUGUGGCCUAUGUGCUUCUUCCUUUGGGAUUUGUGAUCCUUCUAAGUGGAAUUUUCUGGAGCACCUACCGUCAGGCGAAUGAAAACAAAGGGGUAUUCAGCCAUGUGCUUAGACAGCACCUUGCUCGCAGGGACCUGCCCCUGGCCACCGUGGACAGACCUGACUUUUAUCCCCCAGCUUAUGAAGAUAGCCUUGGUGCUGAGAAGCCAGACUGUCUUGCAGGUGGAGGGGCCUUGGACUUGCCUCCACCUCUUUACACAGAGACCAUCCUUGAACUUGAAGAUGGAAAUGAUGCCCAACUGGAGGCCCCGCCAUCCUACCAAGAGUGCAUAGGAGACCCAGGGGCUACAGCAACAGCAGAGAAUGCUCAGUGGCCCAGCGCAGUGCUGACAACCAGGAUGACUCCAGCACUCAGAAGCAGUGUGGGAUCCUCCAAGGGCAUGUCAGCUCCAGGCAGACAGGGCAGAGGAUUCUCACUUGGCCUAAUCCGGAUGAGCCCCUGACCACAGAGAUGUGCAGCCAGACCUUCUGCCUCCCUCCCCACCCCAUCAUCUCAGACCAAGCUGGGACGAGUACCUGCCGUUGAUGGGACAGCCACAGCCCUUCAGGCAUUGCAUUAAGAAAGAAACUCAAAGGGAAGAAUGCUGGGAAGCAGCUUUGGAGUUCCCCCACAACUGGGCCACCUGAGCAACACCACAGCACCCAUCAUGAGAAAUGUCCUGAGAAACCAGGAAUGCUGUUUUGUACCAUUUUAUUUUAAUUAUUGUGUUUUUUUUCUAUAUGAAAAAGUGUAAUAUUCUCUUUCAAAUGGUUUAAACACAAAAUGUUGAGUUAUUUUGUAAAAAGGUCCUCAUGCAAGCAGAUAUUUCCUAUGGAUUCAUGUUGAAUAGAUAGACUACUUAAUUCAUGGUACACAGAAUCCUGGGGGGUAAUAUUAAUAUAUGAUUUGUUACAAAUCUUGUGAACUUUAAAAAAUGUUUAUAUGCAAGCUUCUAAGAACCUGGUGUAUUUUAAAUCUUCAGAAUGCAAAAGAUAAAAACUUUACUGAUAUAUCUUCAUCGCCAGGAAGUCCUUCAUGUUUCAAAGUAGAAAUCUUGACUUCUAGGCUUGAGCAGUUGGUUAAAAAACCCAGUAACUCCUCCUUGGUUUUAUUUGCUUUACAGAAGUUUUAAAAAUCAGAGAAUAGGUCAGGGAACAGGGUGCUAAAAAGACACACAGACGGAUAUUUCUGGAUUUGGAUGAGGAUGCUCAUCUCUCUGGGCCUCUGGUUCUUCCUCAAAGCAAGGCAUUCGUGCUGGACCUGAUAGCUAACACUUGUGGCAAGCCUUUCAAAUGGCAGGUUCAACUUACCUUUCCAGGCACAUUUCUUAGCUGCCCUUCCGUUCUGAAAAGAUGGGUGAUGUGAUCAUUCCCAUUUUACAGACGCAGCAACUGAGGCUUUAAGACAUUGAGAAAGGUGUUCAAUAGUGUACAGUGCACAGUUCUUCAGAAAGGCAAAGAACAUUUCAUAGAGGGAUGUGAGAGAAGCUGCUUGCUUCACUUUUAUGCUAGGCUACCCUCCUUCCAGCAAACAUCUUGGAUUUCUCCUCCCACUCAGAAAAUGAUCACUAACAGAAAAUGGUGCUCCUGGUCACUGAAAUAUCUUUCACCCAUGGAGAAGCAGCCAAGGUAGCAUUAGGGUUAUUUGGACUUCUCACUUAAGAUGUAAGUCUGCCAUGUUUUCUUUCUAUGAGCUGGGCCCUCACCUCACAGUGCAGUUUUCCUGCACCCUUAGGAUGCAUCCUUGAGGUGGACAGCAAUGAUGAUGGGUAGAGGAGAGUCUUUGAACACUCAGAGGGAAGGACUCGAUCUUUCAAGAAAGAGGAUAUCAAGAUGGAGUUGGUCCAUCCCUCUAUGGUUCUAAAUAAGCAGUAUCACUGGGCUUCUACUCAAAUGUGCAUGGGGAAUAAAUGGUUUUCCACCACUUGGAGUCAGCUAAAACAGAUAUUAAAUUUGGUUUAAUGUCUCUAAAGUAAUGGAUUUUGUAUUCAAAUUCAUUUAAGAAACUUUGUGUGUGUGUGUGUGUGUGUGUGUUGUAUAUGCAUGUGUAUAUAUGAGUGCAUGCAUCUGUGUGCAUGCAUGUGGAAGCCAUAGGUUACCAUGCUAGCCAGGCUAGCUGGUCAGUGAGCUCCUGGGGAUCUGCCUGGGGUCACCGGCACAGGUGGCCAUGCCCAACUUUUUAUGUGGGCAUGUGGGGAUUUGAACUCAGGUCCUCUUUCUUUCACAGCAAGCACUAUUACCCACGUAACCAUCGCUCCAGCCCUCAGACUUUCUUUCUUUGCCACUUUUAGUAUCAGAAAACAUAUCAGUAGAGGAACAAAUGUCACAGGAUCAUUCUCCACAGUAUCAAGAUGAGUUAAUCUUUCUGCAUACCCAACAUUAUUGAACACCAACUGUUGAUUCAGAAAACAACCUGGGGCUUCCUUUUGGAAGGGACUACUAAAGUGGGACUUGGUGGCACACACCUGUAAUCCCAGCACUUGUGAGGAUGGAGACUGGAGAAUCAGGAGCUCAAAGUCAGACUUAGCUACAUAGUGACAUAGUAAGUGAGAGACCAGCUUGAACUACAGAAACCCUGAAUCUCUGCUGCAGAAAGGGGGGAGAGGGAAGAAAAGUUUAUACUAAUACAUACUUCUUGAUUAAAAAAAAAACCCACAUGCACUCUGAUUUAAAAGUCAAGAACCUGGACAGUACCCAAAACAAUCUUGCAUUUUGAGAGUUCCAGUAUCUCAAAUAUACUGAGCAAGUCCAACAAAAGUCUCCUACUACAGUGAAUGAUACAUGAUUAUCCCCUGGAGGAUGCACUCUGGCAAAGUAGCUACUGCAUCUCCAUUCCUCCUCAAGUUUAUGAAUGAAUGUUGCUGGAUCGGCAGGCAGAUUGCCAGGAAUGCUGGGAGGGCGCUUGGACGAUGACACAAUGGAGAGAGGGAAGUCUUCAUUACUGAGGAUUUUGACUCAUUCUUCCUCCUCUCAAGUAUAAAUGGUAGGCCCUUCAGGGUUACAGUCUUAUUGUGUUCUUUCUGUUUGGCUUAUUUGAUACAGGAUCUCCCUGUAGCCCCAGUAAGCCUGAAACUCAUGAUGGAG